AUGUCGACGACAUCCGCAAGAAGCCAGCGUAGUGCAGGGAAGCACGGAGGUGCAAGACGAGGGGCUGGUCGUCGGAAAAUACAACUAGACACAGAAUGCAAAGUAGUAAGACUGGAACGAUCUACUUACGACAGACUCCUCGCUUUGAGAGAUCGCCUACGCUUGCCCAGUUUCAACUCGCUUGCCGAAUUUCUUUUGAGGCGCGUACUCAACUGCAGCUGUCAGCCAUUGUCCACUUCUCUACCGGAGCCUAAUGCGAUUGGUGACGAUUCAGCAACAUUGGAGACUAUAGCUUCCCAUUCUAGAGAACGUACAGACCAGUCUGACUGUUUGAUAGCUGCAGAUCUUCGUGAUUUAGACACAUCUGUCAGACACGUAGAAGAAAUGAUUUCUACUCCUGUACGGUCAGGCAAACUCAGUUCAAGAAGACCUCUGUUUCCAUCUACACUUAGUCCAGUAAACUCUGCAAACUCUCCAUGUCCCUCUGUGAAUUGUUCAUCAGGUUCUGAAACAGAUGAUGAGAGUAAUGAAGAUCAAGAACCUAGAAGAACGGCUGACUUGAAGACUUUACUGACUACACUAGAUGAAUCUGACCAGUCAUCUGAAGAUGAAUACCGAUAUGAAAGUGACACUGAUUGUACUUCUUCUGAUGAUGUUGAUGAGCUUGAUGCCAGUUAUCUGGAUGACAUAACCUUGUCCCCAAGCACUCACCAUGCUUCAUCACAUGACAUUGUUGAUGUCACAACCUCACCUGUCGGAAGCAAGGAAGUUCUGGAUGAUCAGUUGACUGUAAAGGACAUGAUUAUCCCAACGGUACAGUUUGGAAUUAGUGACAAAGAUUCAGGUGGACAGAUGCCUACCUCAAGUCCAUCUUCUGGAGCUAUUCCUGUUGUACGUGUCUCAGUGCAGCCAAUAGCAAUAACACCUAUCACUAUCUUUGAAAAUGAUCUUGAGAAUAGGCUGAAGUUACCCAGGGUUGUGUGUGAUGAAGAUUGCAUAUUGCAGUUGCUUGGAAAAACGUGCAGAUAUCCCUUCUGUUGGGAAGAGAUAUCGGUGCAGAAGAAGCAUAUUGGCAGCACAUUGACAUUGCAAUGGCACUGCAAGAAGUUCCACCAAGGCUCAUGGAGUAGUUCUGCACGAUGCAAAUCUCAAAAUGGAUACCCAUUCUUCAUAAAUAAUCUUUUGUUUGCUGCUUCAGUUUUUCUGUCUGGAAACAACUUCUCAAAAAUUAGUCUCUUGUGUCAGUUGUUCUUUAGAUUGAAUUCUAUAUCACAAACAUUGGGAAACAUCCAGAAAUGCAAUCCUCGCCGAUAUUGGAGAUCGACCAGUAGUUCUUGCUGGUGA